GGUACAUUUACCAUUUUUUAUAACCAUUACAGAUUGGACAAGAAAUUUUCCAAUAUUCAUACCAAACUUUCUUUUCGGGUGAGAGUCCCACUCAACAUAGCCGCUAAUUGCGAGAGAGAACGGGUAAAAGGGCUGGUUUUCAUCUUAAUUCUCAACUGAAUGCGACUAUUGACCAAAAAAAUUACAGCAUGAAAAACAUAAGCUAAAGUAGAAAAUAACAGAAAAGGUUCCUUCCGGUCAUACUUCCACCCCUGCUUGAACUCUGUUGAUCUGUUCUUCCUUCACAAAUUACAGAAGAAUCCCUUUCCCCAAGAAACAAAAGUUAAAGGCCCCAAGAUUAGUCAAGGGAAGAACAGUCUUGCAUUAUCAGAUCUAAUGGUCAUUAGUGUAUGAGCCAUGAAGAAAAGUAGCCGCAGCAUUAUACCACUGAUCUUCCUUUCCGCAUUUCUCAUUCUCUUUGAUGUUUCCGCAUCAAGUGAUCGCCGCCGCCGGUUCGAUGAGGGACAGGCGGUUUCCUCCUACAACGGAGAUGCUCUCGCCGUGGAUCCAACCCUAAAAUUCGACAACGACAAUCACCGGUUGAAGAAUGCCUACAUCGCGCUUCAAGCUUGGAAAGAAGCCAUCAUUUCCGACCCGCAAAACAUAACCGGCAACUGGAUUGGAGCGGAUGUGUGCAACUAUACCGGUGUCUUCUGUUGGCCGGCUCCCGACGAUCCGUCGGAGAUGACGGUCGCCGGAAUCGAUAUCAACCAUGGCGAUGUUGCAGGAACGCUCCCCCACGAGUUAGGUCUGCUGUAUGACCUCACUCUGUUCCAUAUAAACUCCAACCGCUUCUGCGGGAAACUCCCCUGGAGUUUCUCAGAUUUGAAACUUCUCUUCGAGUUAGAUCUGAGUAACAACCGAUUUGCCGGGAAAUUCCCGGAGAUUGUCCUUCAAUUGCCGAAUUUGAAAUACCUAGACCUGAGAUUCAACGAGUUUGAGGGCACACUCCCGGAAGAGCUGUUCGAGAGGCGAUUCGAUGCCAUAUUCGUCAACAACAACAGAUUCGCCUCAGAGCUGCCUCCGAACCUGGGGAACUCCCCGGCUUCGGUGGUGGUGCUGGCGAACAACCGGUUCCGAGGCUGCGUGCCUCCCAGCCUCGGGAACAUGUCGGGGACCUUGAACGAAAUGGUGAUAUCUAACAAUGCUUUUCACUCGUGUUUGCCGGAUGAGAUCGGAGGGCUUAAGAACUUGGACGUGCUGGAUGUGAGCGAUAACGAGAUCACGGGGAGGUUACCGGAGAGUAUAGGCGGGAUGGAGAGAUUGAAGGAGCUGAAUGUAGCGCAUAACCUGUUCUAUGGGGAGAUUCCUGAUGGUAUAUGCUCGCUUGAUGGGCUGGUGAGGUUUGAUUAUGAGUAUAACUUUUUCACGAGGGAGGCUUCAGCUUGUCUCAAUUUGCCGGCUUAUGAUGACAGGCAGAACUGUUUGGGCAGAGACAGGGAGGAUCAGAGGCCUGAGUUGGAAUGUAAGAGGUUCUUGUCUACCACAUCCACACUCAAUUGUAGUAGUUUCAAGUGUUUAGCCUCACCGAAACCGCCUUUGUCUCCUCCACCAUCACCGCUGCCGCCACAUUGGCCUUCACCUCCUCCUCCUCCACCACCAGCAUCACCACAGGCUCCUUCACCGCGCCCACAACCAGCACCAUUAUCUCCACCACCUCCGCCUUCAUCCCCUCCUCCACCAUCACCCCAAGUUCCUUCUAGACCACCACAACCCGCGCCUGUAUUCCCAUGUCCACCGCAUACAGAACCUCCACCGCCAUUGCCUUCAUCUCCUCCUCCACCAGAAUCACCACAAGCUCCUUCACUGCCCCCUCUACCACCACCGCAAACGAAUCCUCCUCCACCACCACAACUGCCUCCAUCUCCUCCACCACCACCAGCACCUCUUGCAUUUACACCUCCACCUCCACCACCGAGUCAUUGCAAUUGCAGCAUGACAACACCUCCCCCUCCUCAGGGAAACUCACCUCCACCACCGCCUACCACUAGCCCACCCCCAGCUUCUCCUCCACCGUGUUCAGAACAAGCACCACCACCACCACCUCUAUAUUUUCCAUCUCCACCCUCUUCAAGCUAAUCACAGCAGAAAAGAAAAGCUACACUUGAGUUGACAAAGACACCAACUCCUUAGCAUGCAUCACUUGUGUCAUCUUCAUCUUAGCUGGCUACCAUUUCAAUUCAUGAUGUGCCACAGUAAUAACUGAAUUUUCAUAAUUCAGAUUCUGGCAAAUCGAAAUUCAUCAAAAAAGAAGGGAAAAGUGAACCAUCAUUCAUCAAUGCACGUGCUGCGGGAUGUUGACUUUUGUGUUUUCAACGAUAUCUCAUUGUUGAUCAACAUAUAUACAGCAUUUACUUUUCUUUGUUAUCCAACUUUUGUGUAACACACGUACAGAAUGAUGGAUAUAGUGACGUGGUAGAGACGCCAUUCCAGAACACAGCAUUUACUUUUCUUUGUUAACAACUUUGUACUACCUAGCCCAUAUAGGUCGCUAUCAUUCAUUCAUUCUUUUAUAAUGAUUGUGAUUGCUUUUGUGUUUAA